AUGCUUCUGUUUGCGCAACUUUUGAUGCUGGUCAUUGUCUACUGUGCAGGCAAGAAACUCUUUCACGAGGUCAUGAUUCGAGUGAGCCAUGCAACAUUUCGCUUCUUCGAUGUCACUCCUAUCGGCCGCUUGAUGAACCGACUGACGUCGGAUAUCGGAGUGGUCGACGGUAAUAUUAGCGAACAAUUUCAGGCUAUUGCAUUCCAAGCCAUCACCUGGAUCUCCUCAAUUGUGGUCAUAGCAUCGGUGACACCAGCAUUUCUUGGGUUCUCCUUCGCUCUCACUGCGGCAUUCAUUUUCACAUUUCUCCAAUUCCUGCCAACGUCUCAAAGCCUGCGACGCCUUGAGAUGGUGUCUCUCAGUCCUUUGAUCUCGAAUUUCGGCGAGCUCCUGCAUGGUCUCACGACUGUUCGGGCGUUCCACGCGGAAGAACGCUUCCAAAACAGAGUUAUUGCGGUCGUAGACAAAUUCCAGGGCAUGGAUCAUUUCUACUGGUCGCUUCAGAGCUGGCUAAUGUAUCGGUUUGAAACCCUGUCAGCUGCGUCCACGUUUUGCCUCACUGUUCUGGCAUUAUACACCAAUGUCACUCCAGGUCUUGCGGCUUUUGUACUGAUAGCCGCCAACAACUUUGUGACGUCCACUCAUGCUUUGUGCAAACAAUAUGGCCAACUACAAAUGGACUUUGUCUCGGUUGAGCGGAUCGAUGAGCUGCUUCACGUUGAGCAGGAGAAUCCAGGAAUCAUUGAACCUCCGGCAUCUUGGCCGCGGUUCGGGCAGGACCUCACAUUCGAAGACGUGACCAUUCGAUAUGCACCGCACUUGGAGCCUUCACUCCGCAACAUUUCUCUUCGAAUCCCCGGGGGAUCGACGACGGCCAUCAUAGGCAGAACAGGAAGCGGCAAGUCCACGCUAGCCGUCUCAUUGCUCAGCGUCAUUCGCCCCGAAUCUGGCCGGAUCGUCGUCGACGGCAUCGAUAUCGCGCAAGUCAAUACCCAAGCGCUUCGAACCCGUGUCACAUUCGUUGCUCAAGAUCCCGUUCUCUUCCCCGGUAGCAUCCGGUUAAAUCUCGAUCCGACUGGCGAAUACUCGGACGAGGAGUGUGCUGAUGUGCUGAAGCGUGUUUGUAGUCGGCAUGGCUGGAAUUUACAGACGCACGUCGAAGCUGGUGGCCGCAACCUCAGCCAGGGUGAGCGGCAGCUGAUCGGUCUCACGCGGGCCGUCUUGCGUCACAGUCCGAUUGUCAUUCUCGACGAGGCCACAGCGUCUAUCGACCAUGAAAGCUCCCUUGAGAUUCAGCAGGUCAUAAGGGAGGAACUACGGGAGUCGACGGUUAUCACCAUUGCGCAUCGGUUGGAAGCAAUCAAGGACGCGGAUUACUAUGUCGUCCUAGAUCAAGGACGGGUGUCAAAGCAUGGCUAUGUCAAUGAUAACGGCACUUCUCAGAUACAGUCAUAG